AUGCUUGCUGUUCACCUUGUUUCCUUCUUCUUCUCCAAACUCCAGGAGGACCCCACAAAGAAGGUGGACAGGUUUCUGCACGCCAUGCGCCUCCAUGACGACCAGUUAAGUGACAUCUCGGCUCGUUUCCAGGCUGAAAUGAAGAAGGGGCUUUCAGCAGAAAGCAACGCUGCAGCAGCAGUGAAGAUGCUGCCAACACAUGUCCGCUCCACUCCGGACGGAUCAGAGAAAGGACAGUUUCUGGUGUUGGAUCUCGGAGGUUCCAGGUUUAAGGUGCUCCAGGUUAAAGUGAGAGAGGGCAUGGGGAUCAGGAGAGGAGGAGUGGAGAUGGAGGAGAAGACCUACCCGAUACCUAAGGAGCUACUGAAUGGGAAAGGAACAGAGCUAUUUGACCACGUGUCAGAGUCUUUGAAGGACUUCAUGCAUGAGAAGAACAUCAGUUUGGAGAAGAAACAUCCUCUGGCCUUAACUUUCUCCUUCCCCUGUGAACAGUCCGCCUUAAACCAGGGAUUAUUGCUAGACUGGAGUAAAAACUAUCAGGCUCGAGGCCUUCAGGGUAAAGAUGUGGUCCAGGCCCUCAGAGGGGCUAUUGAGAGAACUGGGGGUAUGGAUGUAGAGGUGUUAGCCAUGGUAAAUGACACUGUAGCAACCAUGAUGACCUGCGGCUUUGAUGACCAGUACUGUGAAGUUGGACUCAUCGUUGGCACUGGCACCAAUGCGUGUUACAUGGAGGAAAUGCGUCAUGUUGACCUGGUGGAGGGAGAUGAGGGCAGGAUGUGUGUGAACACUGAGUGGGGAGGCUUCGGAGACGAUGGGGCUCUCAACGAUUACAUCACUGAGUUUGACAGGGAAGUGGACGCAGCCUCCAACAACCCUGGAAAACAAAUCAUGGAGAAGAUGGUCAGUGGGAUGUACCUGGGUGAGCUCGUGAGGCUGGUUGUAUUAAAGAUGGCUAAACUCGGGCUGCUGUUUGAUGGACAUUUGUCUGAGGCCCUAAAGACUAAAGGGACAAUAACCACUGCACAUGUAGCGGCCAUGGAGGAGUACAAAACUGGUCUGAAGAACACUAUAAACAUCCUCACGGAUCUCGAUUUGAACCCAUCGUCUGACGACUGUGCUGCUGUUCAACAUAUCAGCACCAUAGUGUCCUUCAGGUCCUCAAAUCUGGUAGCUGCAGGACUGGCUGCCAUCUUGACUCGAAUUAAGCAAAACCGGAAGUUGAGGAAAUUCAGGAUCACUGUAGGUGUGGAUGGAACUGUAUACAAGACACAUCCACAGUAUGCUAAACGUCUCCAUAAAGUAGUGCGGCAGCUGCUUCCUGAUUGUCAAGUCAGAUUUGUGCUCUCAGACAAUGGCAGCAGCAAAGGAGCUGCCCUGGUAACAGCAGUCGCCCAACGACUGGCAUCACGAAGGCGACAGGUGGAUGAGACGCUGUCUCCCUUCAAACUGACCCCAGAGCAGCUCCAGUUGGUGAAGAGCAGGAUGAGGGCGGGGCUGGAAGCAGGGCUGAAGAGUAAAGGCCCCUCUACUAUCAAGAUGCUGCCUUCUUUUGUGUACCGUACACCUGACGGCACAGAGCAUGGGAAGUACCUUGCCCUGGAUCUAGGAGGGACAAACUUCAGAGCAUUGCUGGUGAACUUGACAAAAGGUCAGCAGCCGAACACACAGCUUUACCACAAGAUCUACACCAUACCACUGGAGAUAAUGCAGGGAACUGGGGAAGAGCUGUUUGAUCAUUUAGCGCAGUGUGUUAGUGACUUCCUGGACUACAUGGGGAUGAAGAACGCUCAUCUUCCUGCAGGCUUCACCUUCUCUUUCCCCUGCGAGCAAUCAGCUCUCGACACGGGCACACUGGUGAGCUGGACCAAAGGCUUCAAGGCCACAGACUGUGAAGGACAGGAUGUUGUCAGCAUGCUGAGGGAAGCCAUAAAGAGGCACAACGAGUUUGACCUGGACAUAGUAGCAGUGGUCAAUGACACAGUGGGGACCAUGAUGAGCUGUGCCUAUGAAGACCCUCAGUGUGAAAUCGGACUGAUUGCUGGAACUGGCACUAAUGUGUGUUACAUGGAGGAACUGAAGAACAUUGAGAAGACAGAACAAAAGAAAGGAAGACUGGACAGAGAAGAGGGGACCCCUGAAGGAGAAGAUUGGGAGGAUGGGAUGGAGAGAGAGGGAGAGGAGGGGGAUGCUGAGAUAUCAAAGAUGUGUGUAAACACAGAGUGGGGAGGUCUGGGUGAUGAUGGCUCUCUGGAUGACAUCAUCACACCUUAUGACAUUGAGGUCGACAAAAACUCAGUCAACCCUGGAAAACAACGGUUUGAAAAGCUGACCAGUGGGAUGUAUUUAGGAGAAGUUGUCCGUCAGGUAUUGCUGGAUUUAACCAGUGGAGGUUUGCUGUUCAGAGGACACGUCACUGAAGCUUUAAAAACACCUGGAAUAUUUGAAACCAAAUACCUGUCACAAAUAGAGAGUGACCGCCUGGCUCUACUGCAGGUCAGAGCUAUUCUCCAACAGCUGGGGCUCGACAGCAACUGUGACGACAGCAUCAUCGUCAAAGAGGUAUGUGGAGCAGUGUCACGUCGUGCAGCUCAAAUGUGUGGGGCAGGAAUGGCAGCCGUGGUCGAAAAGAUCAGGGAGAACCGAGGACUGGAUCAUCUGGACAUCACUGUCGGGGUGGACGGUGCACUUUACAAACUACAUCCACAUUUCUCUAUAGUCCUCCAAGAAACUGCCAGAGUUAUGGCCCCACAGUGUAACGUCACCUUCCUGCCAUCAGAGGAAGGCAGCGGGAAGGGUGCCGCCCUCAUCACAGCUGUGGCCAAACAGAAGCCGGAGAUGUAAAUUCACCUGACUGAAAAAUAUUUUUAAGUCCUUUUUUCACUUUUCUCAUUAUUUGAAAUGUUGUCAGCACUGCUGCACCUGUUGCUGCCAUUGUCAUCUGAUGUGAGAGAGCUGCUGAGUGUCAUGUGUCACAUGGAUUCACCAACAGCUUCUCUCACCUGACAGCGGAGCCUCGCCUGAAGGGCAUAAAACACGGUUUUUCACUGACAGGCUUCCCACCCAUGAAUACAGCCAUUUGUGCUGCACUGUGCAGACCGCAAUUAAUUUCUGGUCCCUAAAAAUAUUUAACGAACUUGAUUCAAACUACCAAAUGUUUACAACAAAGCUUGCCAAUGCAAAAACUGAAAGCCUUUUAUUUCCCAAUCAUUACCAGAUUAGAUGUGGGAAAUGUCACACCCACAGCUGCACAGUCACAUGCCAGUAUUAGCCAUGCACCGAUUAGACUCUGCCAUUGAUAACACGGCUGAGUGCUUAGUUUCGGAAAAGAAAGAAUGCUGAUAUCAAAAAUCACACCGUGCAAACUCCUCAAGGUCGGCAUGUAUGUGAGACCAAACAAAAAGUGAAGUUAUCAUACAAGACUGAUAAUAAGAUUCAGCUGUCAAAGUGUGAUCUGUACACGUGGUGUGAUUCUCUCAAGAACUGAACAGUCCCUUCACUUCUGCUCACACACACACACACACACAUUAAAUCUACUGUGUUUGGAGUGUUUCUAAUAAACUUUUGCACUGCA